AUGCUAUUUUACUUCCGCGUCUUCGCCAACACGCCUGGCCGCCGCUUCGCAUUGCCCUAUUUCUGGAACAACUUGGACAACGAGCACGAGGGCACGUGCAUAGACUUCUUCGGCGAGGCUUUCGGCAUUGCCAUUAAGGACAUUAUUGUGGACCCCAUUAUCAUCUCGCUACCGCUGCCGUAUAUUGCGCAGCUUAAGCUAUGCAUGAAGAAGACCAUGAGCUGCCUCUUGUUUUCCCUCGGGCACUUUCCCGCCGCUUCGGCGCCAGGUGUUAGGGACCUGAUGCGAGCCAACCAGCAAUGCUACUCGUAUUUCGACGGGACCGCGGCGGGCGGUAUGGACGCCGUGAAUAGGUUCGGCGAUUACGUAGCCGCUCACGGGCCCUUUGACACCGUGCUCGCCUUCUCUCUCGGCGGCGCCUUAGUAUCCAUCUUUCUGCUCCGGCCCGAGACGGGCAACGAGAGGCUUCAACAAGCCAAGCGCCAUAUACGCACCGUCGUCUUCAUAAACUCCAUUAUGCCGUCGGCCUGGGACGAGCUAGAGAAGAACGGCGGCGGGCAGGUGACGAUUCUUCGCGCCGCUAGGGUGGCGGCCGAGAAUACCUUCAUCGACAUACCCACCAUCCAUGCCUAG